CGUCUGCUGGGAUGUCAUGUCAUGUAUCGUCGGGUUCAUCUCAUACAUACAUUGUUUGUUUUCGAAGUUCGAACUUUUCGAAGUGUUCUGUUUUGAGUACUUCCCUCUGUUAAAAUAAUAACAAAUAAAAUGUCUGGAAAUAUAAACCCAUUGGCAGGAACAGCCCAUUUACUGGACGAACUAGAUAAAAAGCUUAUGGUGCUGCUGCGUGAUGGUCGAACCCUUAUUGGCUACCUGCGCUGCGUCGACCAGUUCGCUAAUUUAGUUUUACAUAAAACUAUUGAAAGGAUUCAUGUUGGUAAAGAGUAUGGGGACAUACCUCGAGGAAUAUUCAUUGUUAGAGGCGAAAAUGUUGUACUUUUGGGUGAGAUAGACAGAGAAAAAGAAGAGAAUUUACCACUAACGGAAGUAUCAGUGGAUGAUAUACUUGAUGCUCAAAGACGAGAACAGGAUUCAAAAGUUGAUCAACAAAAAUUACUUUCUAAGGCAUUGAAAGAAAGGGGAUUAAAUUUACUGGCUGAAUUAGGUCAUGAUGAUAUGUUUUAGACUUUUAUUAGCAAUCUAAAAUUAUGAUUAUCAUUGGGCAUUUUAAGAGACUUCUCUAUUUAAAUUGAGUCAUUGCCUUUUUUCCACACAAAUAAAUAAUAUGUAUCCAAUGACUUAUUUUGGGAAGCUCUAAAUGCUACUCUGCUUAUUUUUAACAUAAAGGUUUCUCAAGAUAUUUAAAUUUUGUUUAUUCCAUAUCUGGGUCAAUGUAAGACUGUAUCUACUUUGGGAGACUGUAAAUCUGUAAAAUAUUAUGUAAGUUUAUUUGAUAAAAGGAAAAUAAGUUAAUAUCUUCAAA